AAUUCUGUUUCGGCACUUGCAUUUUCUCCUGACGGCCGUUUUUUGUGCAUGCUGGAAAGGGUGGAUGCAAAGGAUGUUUUACACUUCUAUGAUACCGAAGAUUCUCAGUGGUGCCGCUUCAAGUCUACCACCUUGUCUACCCGUGAUGCUGCAAGUGUUCAGUGGUCUCCAGAUGGUCGGUACAUAGUUGUUUUCGAUUCUCUUCUCUAUGAUUCUAUCAACAUCCUUAAUUCCGAUGGAAAAACUCUCCACUCUUUGCAUCUCUAUGGUGUAAAUGUUGGUAAUAAACCAGCUUCCCAUUUUACUCUCGGUAUCCGGUCUUUUAAUUGGGCUCCUUCUGGCCAUAUUCUUGCUGCUGGCAGGUAUGACAACACUUGUCUGCUUUACAACCACGCCAAUUGGAAGGUACUUGCAGAAUUGAAACACCCUCUUGACAUACCUAUUGAUCCUAUAUUAGGACUAGAUUGUUGUGGUGAAAUUAUUGAGAGUCGAAAUUUUGAACGCGGGUCGGUUAAACCGCACAAAGUAGCUAUUUAUAUUGAGAGAUUGAUCGAAGAACAGCCGUAUUAUUGCCGGCAAUUAACAGCUACAACUCGUGCCGAAGAACUUAAGGAUGCUUACGUUAUUUCAAGGCUUCCCUAUACCGUCAAGUCUACCAAAAUUGAUCCGAAAAAGCCUAAUCCCAAGAUAGGUGUUGGUCUAUGUCUUUUCUCUCCAAACGGUGGCUAUUUGGCAACUAGAGUUGAGAAUGCACCACAUGCGAUUUGGAUUUGGUCAAUCGGAGGUCUUCAUAUAUCUCUUGUGGGCCUGCUCUGUCAUUCCUCUGCCGUUACUUCUGUACAAUGGGACCCUCGGUUGCUUCCAGCUGAGUUUACUCGUUUAGCUUUCUGCACGGCUUCUGGACGAGUCUUUAUCUGGAGUCCAGAGGGUUGUCUUUCUAUGACUGUAGAAAAGCCUGGAUCACCGUUUCCUGUCAAGACAUUAUCAUGGGGGCCUUCAGGUGAUACUCUUCUACUUCAAUCCUCAAAAUCCUUCUGUCUUUUGCAUCUUAAAUCCGCAGAAGGUGAGGCUAUUUUUAAACCCCUGGAGCCUACUUGGACGGCUCCUUCUAGAGGAAGAGGUCCUUUAGAAGAGAAUAAUCGCGAUCCCCAAACACCAGCUACCCAUAGCACCUUCCCUGCAGAUGCAAAAUCGGAUCUCCCAAAGUGGGCGCUUUCGGCUCAUCGGUUGGCUAGAAAAACGUUCAGAGAAUAA